GCAAUGGCUCCCAGCAGCACUCUCGUGAUCCCUGUGGAGGAGAAACUGCUCCCAAAAGAAAAGAAUAAACUGAGGAAGCCGGUGGUGGAGAAAAUGCGCCGCGACCGCAUCAACAGCAGCAUCGAGCAGCUGAAACUGCUCCUGGAGAAGGAAUUCCAGAGGCACCAGCCCAACUCCAAGCUGGAGAAAGCCGACAUCCUGGAGGUGGCUGUGAGCUACCUGAAGCAGCAGAGCCAGCUGCAGGAGCACGUGUUCCUCCCCAAGCAGCCAGAGCAGGACUUCAGCAGCGGCUACCUGCAGUGCCUCAGGGAAGCUCUGCACUUUCUGUCCUACUACACUCCCAAGAAGGAAACCCAGGCCCAGCUCAUCCAGCACUUCUGCAAAGCUCAGAUGGGUGCAGAUGUCCCCUGCUCUCCUGCUCUGCCCAGCUCCCCCUGCCUGUUUGCCAGAAAGCAACCUGCCCAGAAGGCUGUGGCUGCUGCUCCCAUCUGGAGACCCUGGUAG